AUGAAUUCCUCGCGCCCCUUCACUCGCACGGCGAACAACAUCUUCCGGCCCGCCUUCUCCUACCUGAACAACGUCGCGCGCGACCUUCCCAAGAAAACAAACAGUUACGCGGCCCGUCGCAAGAACAGCGCAAGCUCGCUCGAUGAUACGGAUCAUUCAGACAUAGAACAGUACGCACAAAUGGACAGCUCACGGCUAAGCCAUUCGAGCAAGAACUCGCUCUCCGAGCUGCAGCCUGCGGUCCCGCUUAUAGACAUCGGGAGCCGCUCGACAUCGCCAUACCCGCGUAGUCGCAGCGCAGUACAGAGCGAGGACGAGGACGAUGACUUUGAGCCAGCAGAUAGCAUUCGUCCGCUCGUAAAUCACAAUGUGGGAAGAGGAAGCAUAAGCAGAGGAGUGUGGAGAGAAGGAGGGCUAGGAGGUUUCUUCUUUGGCACCUGGAUGGGUUGGCAAGUUUAUGUGGCGCUGCUGGUGUUCUGGGUCGGUGGAUGCGGCUUCGGGCUGCUGCUCAUGAAUCGAUUCAUUAUGUUGACGGGUGUCUAUAAGUUCCCAUUCCCGCUCACAGGGACAUACGUUCAGCUGGUCCUUACGCACAUCCUUCUCAUAGGCUUCUCGAGCCUCACGCGCGGUCUCGGAAGUCCCCUCCGGAGACUAGGCUUAGGAGCUGCGGUUGCGCCUGCUUUUCCAGUUGCACCCGCCGGAGCUUCGUUCAGGAACCCACCCAAGCCGCAAUCUACACCGAUGAGGAUUCUCAAGUGGUUGACCAAUGGCUCUGGAGGAAUUGCUGGAGGCGGUCUGUUCGAGUUCGACUGGCACGUGGCGAAACAGGUGCUUCCGCUUGCUGUUGUUUUCUGCUUCAAGGUGCUACUCAGCAACGUUUCUUUUGCAUACGCUCCUCUACCCGUCUACCAACUCGCACGCAUACCAGUCGUGCCUUUGGCCCUCAUCUUCUCCGCCGUCAUCCAAAAAGAAAACCACAGCGGUUCGACCCUCUCCUCCGCGCUCAUCGCGACUCUCUUCCUCUCCUUCGCUUCCUACCGCUCCCAUCAGCGUGUGACUGCCGACUCCAUCGUCGCCGGUGUCUUCUCCUCUAUCUUCGUCGCUCUCUACCCCAUCAUGCUCCUCCGCACCUACCGCACCCUCGUCUCCAACCUUGUACCCCAGGGCGACGUCCUCACGGGCUACCCCUCUUCUGCCGAGGACUCCCCCUCGAACCGUGAAGAGACCCGCGCCUACUACCGCGUCUUGCACUACACUUCUCUACUUUCCAUUACGCUGCUUACACCCGUCGUUCUCUUCUCUGGGGGCAUCCCCCACAUCAUCCGCAACAUCCCCUUCCUCGACGUGCCCUUCUUCUGGUUGAUGAUCUGGUGUGGGACUCUAGGCAGUUUCGCGGUUUUCGUGUCCACUCUGCUCUUGAUCAAGGCAACGAGUCCACUGACGGCGACGUUUGUCGCAGUCCCAAGGAGUGCUUUCCAGCUCGUCAUGCUGAGUGCGUUUAAAAUGCCGAGCCAUAGUUGGACCGGCGUUGUGCUGUGCUGGAUCAGCUGUCUGUGGUUCUUGGUGGCGAGGAGGGAAGAGGGAAGGACGUUGGAUCGGUUGAGGCUGGAAGGGAGGUGA